AUGUCCAUUCUCUCACUCUUGCUACGCAUCAUCUCUUACCCGUUAUUCAUCCUGCUUCAUCUCUCAUUCAUCGUCUCUUCCAUUCUACUGCGGACAUACGAAACCUUCACCUCUCAGUCCACCUCUUCGGACCAAAUACCAACUGAAGGACAAGGAACACCACCGAAACAUCUAGCUUUGAUCCUUGUCCCUUCAAAGACGCAUCGGCAAGAUGAGAAAUCAGCUUUGGUGAAGAGUAUAUUGAGAGGUAUAGAAAGGUCAGGUGAAUGGGGGGUUGAGGAAUUAUCAAUUUGGGAUGGACACGGCUUGAUACAAUCUGUUUUACCGAAUCUAAUGAAAACCUUGUCCUUAAAUAUCACUCAACAUAAUCAUAACAAGCUACCACCUUCACCACCUUCUACGCCGCCCAAUGAACCUACUCAGGAUAUGACAUCUGAUGAAUAUGAAGAGGAGAUGCCGGUAUCACCUUCACCUCAGCGGAAACAGGGUAAGAGUCUGGUGAGAGAGACCAGAGCGGGUUUGGUGUCGGUGCCAGGGUUGGGUGAUGAAGUGAGGAGUGUAACGAUCUAUCCAGGUCCCUCAUCGAAUAGAAGUCUUAAAAUCCAUUUCUUACCUCCUUCAGCCUCUGACGAGGUGAUAAUUAAUCUUACGAAACGAUAUGUGGAGAGGAAAAAGGAUGUUUCGGAAAUAACAGUUAGGAAUGUAGAUAGGGAUAUCAAGGAACAACUUCAUUUCACCUCUGGCCCGGAUCUACUCUUAAUCCAUCAUCUCUCACCUCCCUCUAUAUGGAAAUCAUACUUACCUAGAAGUCCACCUGAACUGUGGGGUUACCCGUUCUGGUCAUUAAGAAUAACAGAGAUAUAUCAAUAUCCCUCUCCUCUUCCGUUACUACAUCACCUCAACCCCCUCAUCCUCUCAUUCCGCUCAUCAUCACUUCCCUUCCUACGUAAAUUAGGUUACUCAAUUGCUUUGCCUGUGAAUAUAAAUUCGGAUGGAUAUGGGAUAUUGCAUAGGGAAGAAUGGAAUGGGGCGAUGGAGGCAUGGUCAAAGGUUGAACAGAGAUUAGGUAAAUAA